AUGUUCAUCGCAAUUUUAUACCGGACCAUUUCAUUUGGUUUCAAAUCUACUGAUGAAGCAGAUGAAUACUUUUACUCUAACAUUCUAUAUGAUAUACCAAUACAGUAUCAGUAUCUAAUGCGAGCUGGUUAUUCACCUGGUCAGUUUGGAACAGAACAUAAUCCCAUAAUUAUACCACCAGAAAGUCAUGGAAAAAGUAAAUUAAUCGAAUUGUAUGCCAAUAUAAAUGAAUUUGCAAAAUUCAUUAACACUAAUCAUAUAAGAACAAACAAUUUUUAUUAUAAAUUUUAUCAAACUUUAAUUAAACUUCAUAAAUUAAAAUUACAAACUCCUGAAAUAAACAAACCAUUUUAUGACUAUUUAAUCCCUAAUCGAUCAAAUACAAGAAUACAAUUUAUAAUGUAUUACUGUACAGCGUUGUUGGACUUUAAUACGCAUUCAAAUGAAGAUUAUACCAAUAGUACUACUAGUACUUCAGCUAGAAGAUUUCAACUAAUUGUUCGUCAGGAUAUACAUCAGUUUUGUCCUAAAGCAUGUGCAUAUAGUGGAGGUCCAGGAUUUAAUGCUAAGCACAAAACUGAAUUAAACCGUUAUACUAGUUUAUGUAAUUUCCCAAAACAUUUUAUGACAGUUUCAUCACAACGGUGUAUUGAACAAAAUAAUGGUAAAUUUAUAUUUCUGCAUAGAACUAAGCGAAUUUUUUCUACAGUUCAAUGUGUAACUAUCUUUGUUUAA